AUGGAGAGCUACCUGUACGCCGCCUACCCGCCGUACUCGUACCGCUACCCGCAGCCCAAGGGCAAGGCGGGGGCUGCGGGCGGCUGGCGGCCCAGGGGGGGCGGCUACUUCUCGGCCUACGGCGAGGCGGCGGCGGCGGCGGCAGCCGAGUACUUCGACAACUACCAGCGGGCGCAGCUGAAGGCCAUCCUGUCGCAGGUGAACCCCAACCUGACGCCGCGGCUCCGCAAGGCCAACACCAAGGAGGUGGGCGUCCAGGUGAACCCGCGGCAGGACGCCUCGGUGCAGUGCUCCCUGGGGCCCCGCACGCUGCUCCGCCGCCGGGCCGGCCCCGCCGCCAGGCUCCGCGAAGCGGAUCCGGAGCAGGACCUGGAGCAGGAUCCGGAGCGGUACGCGGAGCAGGAGCAGGGCAGCCCCGCCACCACCAGCACCCGCGCCGUGCGCUUCCCCCGCACCAUCGCCGUGUACUCGCCCAUGGCGUCCCGCAGGCUCACCGCCUUCCUCGAGGAGCCCGAGCAGGAGCCCUCGGCCGUCGGGGAGGAGGCGGCCGAGAAGCAGCAGCGGGAGGCGGAGGCGGCCGCCGUGCGGGCCAGCUGGGAGAAGCCCCCCGAGGGCGAGGCCAAGGCCGAGGCCGAGCCGCUGGGGCAGCGCCCGGCCGCCGCCCCGGGGCCGGAGGGGAGCCGGGAGAAGGAGGAGGAGAAGGAGCAGAAGGAGCAGGAGGCGCGGGCGGAGCCGCCGGCAGCCCCCCAGAAGCGGGAGGCGGCCCCGGGCAAGACCCGGCUGCGCUUCCAGUUCCUGGAGCAGAAGUACGGCUACUACCACUGCAAGGACUGCAACAUCCGCUGGGAGAGCGCCUACGUCUGGUGCGUGCAGGGCACCAACAAGGUCUAUUUCCGUCAGUUCUGCCGGACCUGCCAGAAGUCCUACAACCCGUACCGCGUGGAGGACAUCACCUGCCAGGAAUGCAUCUUUGCCCAGACUUCAGCCUUGUGUUGCCGUUUCCCAUUCUCCCAGAGAACGUGCCCUUCCAGCUGACUGAUGGCUACUCUGUCAAGCCAUAAAAGGUUUUGCCUUUCCUUCUAGUGCCCUCUUUAACGAGCAUAAGAGAAUAUGAAGUGCUAUCUGUGUAACACUCCGUUUUCACCACUUUCAAAAAAUGAAUGGUUGUAUAAAGCAGCUAAACUUAGCUAUUAUACAGAUAAACUAAACCCUGAUAUCUAGGUAAAGCAAGAUGUCAGAAGUCUAAAG